CAAACAUAUUUGGCAUCAUUGACGAUGGUAUAUAUACGCGUUGUUAAUUUAGUAUAGUGUUUUUUAUGGUUUUGGUUAGUGUAAUACUUUUGACCAAAUAUUAUUAUUUAAUAUUUUUUAAAAUGUCAGUUGAAUUGAAGUUUGAAGAUAAAAAAUUUUCAGUGAAUAUUGUUUGGUUACGGGAUAGUUGCAGAUGUCCAAAAUGUUAUAAUUCAUCAUGUUCCAGUCGAAUAACUACAAUUGAUCAAUUUAUUACAAAUAUAAAAAUUCAAAUCUCAAGUUGUAAACAAGAAAAUAAUUCGGUUUUGGUUGAAUGGUCUGAUGGACAUAGUUCGACUUAUGAUAUUAAAUGGAUUUAUGAUAUAUGGACUUCAAACAAUCAAUCUAAAAUCAUACCACAUCAUUGUUUUGGCAAAGAACUCGGAAGUUUACCUCCUAGACUACCUAUCGACUGCGUAAACCAAAAAAAGGGUCAACAAGAAUUAAUGAAAUCACUACUCAAAUAUGGUGUAGGAAUUGUUACUAAUGUUGAGCCAACGGUUGAAGCUACAGAAAAUGUUAUACGCUGUUUAGCGAUUCCUCAAUCAACACUUUUUGGAACAGCAAUGUGGACAGUCGGAAACAAAGAGGGACACGUCGACACAGCAUAUCUAAAUGUUCCAUUAGUUGUUCAUACUGAUAGUACAUAUUUCUGUGAAAGUCCUAAGGUUCAAAUUUUUCAUAUGUUAGAAAGAGAUAGCAAUGGUACAGGUGGUGAGAGUACAUAUGUUGAUGGCUUUAAAGUAGCAGAAAUAUUGAAACAAGAAAACCCAACACACUUUAAAAAUUUGACAGAAAUUGAAAUAGAAUCAGAAUACAUUGAGCCAGGUGCGCAUUAUAAAUGUACCGGACCGGUUAUUAAAGUUAAUAAGACAACUGGUGAGAUAUAUCAAAUCAGAUUUAGUAUUAACGAUCGGAGUCCUAAACCACCAACACGGAUCCAGGAAUUUUAUGAAAGUUAUGCCCAUUUUGUUGAAAUAUUGAAACGAGAAGAUUUAUAUUGGAAACAAUUGUUGGUACCAGGAACAGUUUUAUUUGUUAACAAUUGGAGAUUAUUUCAUGGUCGAACAAAAUUUACGGGUAGACGAUUUUUUUGUGGAUGUUAUGUGUCUGAAAGUGACUUUUCAAGCAGAGCAAGAGUUUUAGGACUCAUUUCUUAAAAUAUAAUCUUUUACUCAUUAAACUUUAUUUUAUGUCACUGAAAUAAAAUAAUGAAUUUUAUAUAAAAUAUAUUUAUACGAAAACGAAAUAUACAAUUUGAUUUUAUA